CCUCUGUUUUGUCGGAAAUUAUGCCACACAUUUAGUAUUAAAUUAAGGGGAUAGUGAAGCUCAAAGAAAUUUUUGCAGACCGGCAAAAUUCACAACGGGAGGGAGAUUUUUACUUUCGACGAAAGAGAAGUGAUAAUGCAAAUAACUACAAUUAGCAAGUGCGUGCGCCAGGAAACGAUUCAGGCCUGCUCUUCUUCAUUUGAGGCUAUGAAAAUGUAGCCGCGUGGCUGUCAAAAAAUGGCCUCUACUCCACCUAUCCAGCCGGAUAUUAUUGCGGAGACCAGCCCCUCAAGCCCGGUGCCCACCACCAUGACCCCAAGCCCGAGCACCUCGACCAUCAGCAAAAAAAGCGGCAGCAAACGAGACUCGAGCCGCAGUGAUGAAUUUCUCCCUAUUGACACAGAUUCAUCAGGGGCCAACAAAAAGGAGAUUAAGUCUGAAAAGUCUUUUGGGGAGAAACCAAAAAAGAAAUCCUCGUGGUACAGCGUCCUCUACCCUACGUACAAAACUCGGUCGGAAGGUUUCAAGCGCCUAUUCAAAGAAUUGCCAUUAGAGGAACGGCUUGUUGUUGACUACUCUUGUGCUUUGCAAAGAGACAUUUUGGUCCACGGGCGGCUGUAUGUGUCUCCAGGCUAUUUGUGCUUUUACGCAAAUAUAUUUGGCUGGGAAACUUCAGUGACUGUCCCUUGGCGCCAAGUUACUGGAUUAACGAAAGAAAAAACCGCACUAGUCAUUCCAAAUGCAAUUCUAGUAACUACCAACAGUGAACGCUUUUUCUUCACAUCUUUCGGGGCGCGAGAUAAAACUUUCCUCAUGCUGUUUAGAAUUUGGCAGAACGCCCUUCUUGAUAAGAGCUUGACCAACCAAGAGUUGUGGCAACUGGUGCAUUCCUGUUACGGUGAUGAAUUGGGCCUGACCAGUGAUGAUGAAGACUAUGUGAGCUCGACAGGCAUGGACGAAGACUCGGUAGCCAACCUCAGUUGCUCACUCGUCAUGGACCAAUCCUCCAAGACUCCUGAAAUGAUCGAGGCACCCAUUACUCCCAUUAUCACGACCACAUGUGUCCAGGACUCAGAGCCUGUCACCAAUAGUCAACCCCUUAACCAAUCCUAUGGCUCUCAGGCUACACCUAUUAAUUUGCUGGACCCUAAUGCUGUCGUGCAGCCCUCCAUCAAUUCUAAUCUUCUGGCAGCCCCAUCGACUGCAGAUUCUGGGUCCGUGCAAACUGAUCUCUCUGACACAACAGAGUCUGAUGCUGAGAAAAAUACUACUAUUGCUGUUUGUCCAUCGCCUCAUGACGGCCGAGAAAUGCUGGACGCCGUCUUUCCAAUACCAGUGGAUCAACUUUUUUCCCUUCUCUUUACUACCUCCACUUUCUUUGUUGCGUUGCACACCAAUAGGAAAACAUACGAUAUCCAAGCUACUUCGUGGACACCUGACAAAAGCACUGGGAUUAAACGUCGACAAGUGACCAUGACGAUUUCGAUUAACAACUCAGUUGGCCCGAAAACUGCGCAAGUCACAGAAGAUCAAGUUAUGUCGCCAGUUUCUAGUCCAGGAAAAAUUUAUGUGAUCGACGUGGAAGCGAACCAAGCAGGAAUUCCAUAUGCCGACUCAUUCUACAUCAUAAACCAUUUUUGUCUUGUCAAAAUUUCCGACACCGAGUGCCGUUUGACGGUCAACUCUCAUCUGAAGUAUCGCAAAAGUGUGUGGGGUCUCGUGAAGACUUUCAUCGAGAAGAACUCUUGGUCGGGCUUGGAGGAUUUCUACAAAGCCCUCUCCAAGGCACUUUCUGCUGAGGCAGAAGCACUUCUGGCCGGAGAAGCAACUUCUGCUGCUGUGAAACGAAAAAACAGGAUAGCACGGCACCGUAGAGUUAGAGCUGGACACGUUGUAAUCACAAGUGAUACCCCCAUUUGCACCACAACUGUUGCAUCCUCUGGAGAAGGCAGCCCAACUGUCCGAGCUGCAUUGGUAUCCCAAUUUGUGGGGAGUGACCGACCUAUGAAUGCAGGAGAGGCUCCGACUUGUUGCUCUUGGAUUAUUUUUGCCACUUUGCUGGCCCUCUUGCUGCUGAAUGCUGUUUUGUACCACAAACUCUGGGGCCUUGAGGAGUGGGGCCGUGAAGUGGCUCUUAACAAAAUUGAACUGCCUUUUGAAAACGAUAAACCCCAGAGUCACGAAGAUUGGCUUCGUCUGCUUCAAAAGCAAGAGGUUCUUCACCGCAGAGAAAUGGAUCACUGGCAAAGAUUUUUAGAUGCUGCCAUAAAUUUAUUGAAGCAGGCAGAGGAGACUUUAAAACAACUGCAUUCCUCAAUCAAAGGGCCCUCCGUUAGCACAGUGUGGGCAGACGAAAGCACAAGUAACGGCAAUAGCUCUCCACCAAGUGAUGAACUCUAGUCUCCUGCAACCAAGCUCUUUACUUUCAUUGCUCUCACCCGAUUUCAAAUAGGAUUAAAUACUUGGAGCAUUCAGUGAUCAGCCAGGUUUUUAGGGUAUUCAAAAGUGAUUCCUUGUCAUUAUUUUCAUGAUGUGAUAGCUGUCUAUUUUGUUGCAUUGCGUAAUUUCACACUAUCUUUUGAAUUAGUUUAGCAUGACAAAUAGUAAUGAGUCACAAUAUUCCAAUAUAUCGCAGACGAGAGGAUGAAUAGACGCUUUUAAUUAAGCCCCAACAAAGUUAAACACCACUGAUUGUGUUGAAUUAAAAGAAGCGGCUCAACUUUUGUUAUCCAAAUUUUAAUUUUAGUUAAAUCUGCAUUUACUGCUGUUACAAAGAAAUCAAAAGUAUAAAGCUUGCAAAACUACUCCACUCGAAAACAGUAUCUGUAUAGCUUCCCAGUGAGAGAAUUAUUGCAGCAUAUAUAUUACAUGUCAGAUUUAUCUUACGUCAAAGGACAAUACAGGAUUAUGAAAAAUGCA